AUGGGUAAUUCAAAUAGUAGAUCAAGACCAUCAAGAUCGCGAACGUCAUCUUCGACUCUUCAUCAAAAAGGUGUUAGUCAAACACGAUCUUCAUCAAGCGGAGCAUCAACCAUUCGACGGAGAUCAAGAUCACUGAGUGGUCGAUCACGUGGUGUGCCGUUAAUAAAAGAAUAUGAUGUUGGCUUUUACAGCGAUCUUUCAAAACAUCGUAUUAUACUCGAACACCAAGAUUUUAUUCUUCAUCAUCUUGUGCAGAGAUCAGUUGGUAAAGCGUUGAUACCCAGCUAUCAUGAGAAUAAUGGUGUAUGCAUUGUACUACGUCGAAAGGCACAUGAAAAAAUACAAACACUUGAAAAAUCAGAUAACGAGGAUAAAACGGCUCGUCAAAUAUUAGCCGAUGAUAUAUUGAAAAAUAAACAGUCGGGGGUAGUACCCAAUAAAGUUUUAUUAACUGCUGUUCUUUUACAUUACUCCAGAUAUCCAACUGUUUUUGAACAAUUGGCAAUAGUUGAUUCAAGGUUAGAUAUUAUAAUUCAUUACCUUGAAAAAUUGGUUCGUAAAGAUGAAAAAACAAAAUAUUUAUUAAAAUACGGAAAUAAUUUAUCGUCAUUACCACAGGAUGUUCAACUAUUUUUAAAAAAUCAUACUAGUGGAAAUGUUGCUUCAAUUUCAACAAAUCCAAAAUCGAAUGAUACAAUUUCAGGAACUUAUUUAAUUCAUCGAGAAUAUGAUAUUAAACAACGCCAACAUGUUCAAUUGAAAAUAAGAAUUGAAUAUGUCCGAGGAGAAAAGUAUGGUAAUUCUCUGGCAACGAUAACAACAAGAUAUUAUAAUAUUAUUUAUGAAUGGUCAUAA